AUGUUUGGCAGUGAUGAGUGGCAUGGUUGUAACCAUUCCAAGUGUGUGAAAGGUCGGAAUGCGUAUGAUAUUGUUAUGAGUUAUGCAUUUUGGACUAGUGUGAUGGUUGUUUUGAAAGUGUUCAACCCUUUAGUGAAGGUUCUAAGGCUGGCCGAUGGAGAGAAGAUACCGUCUCUUGGGUUUAUGUAUGGUGAGAUUUUAGAAGCUAAGAAGUCUAUCAAGGAAGCUUUUGACAAUUUGGAGCGUAGUUAUCAACCUGUCUUUCAGAUUAUUGAUGAGAAAAUGAAAGGUAGGUUGGAUUCUCCUUUGCAUAUAGCUGCCUACUUCCUCAAUCCUUUCUACUACUACAAAGAUUCGAGGAUAUAUGACGUUGAGGUCAUGCAAGCAUUCAUUGCUUGUGUAGAGACAUUCUAUCAUGGUGACUUCAAAAAACAAAGCUUAGUCGUGAAUGAUGAAGUCCAUCACUACAGAAACAAAUCUGAUACUUUUGGCAUAGCCUUAGCAUUAAAAGGAUGUGAAAAGAAGGAUGAAACAUUCGAUCCAGAUACAGUUGAAGAAUGGCUCAUGGACCGUCUAGAAAAACCAGAUGAAGCUGUUAAUUUUGUGCUUACUACCCAAGCUCCAAGGGUAAGAGAUCUUUAUGAUGAUGACUUUGAAUCUGAAGAAGAAGAUACUGUGGACAUGGAGUUCGAACCUGAUGUCUUUCAAGAAGAUUAUGUGUAUCGUGACAUUGCUUAG